AUGAAAGUGGAACUGGAUGAGCAGGAGAGGACGGGGAAACAGGACAGCAAGCGAAUGCGAGGACAGGCCCCACAUGAAACCCACGAGCUUCAACAGAUGACUGUGUCCUUCUAUCAUUCAGCUCCUACGACAACUGCAACUGCAGUACUUACUACAACAACCACAACUGUAGCUCCUAUAACCACUACAACGGUAGCACCUACAACAACAACUGUAGCUCCUACGGCAACAAAUGUAGCUCCUACUACCACUACAAUUGCAGCGCCUACUACGAUAACCACUGCAACUCCUACUACAACAACUGUAGCUCCUACGGACACUACAACAGUAGCACCUACAACGACAACUGAAGCUCUGCCGACAACAACUGCAGUUCCUACGACCACUACACCUGCAGUACCUACUACAAUAAACACAACUACAGCUCCUACUACAACAACUGUAGGUCCUACCGACACCACACCUGCAGCACCGACUAUGGCAACUACAUCUGCUGCUCCUAUGACAACCACAUCUACAGCUCCUACUACAACAUCGGUAGCUUCUACACCGACUACAACAGCUUUUGCUCCUACAACAAAUACUGUAGCUCCUAUGACCUCUACAACUGCAGCACCUACUACGACAACUGCAGCACCUACUACGACAGCUGCAGCACCUACGACAACUUUCCUACGACCACUACACCUGCAGUACCUACUACAACAAACACAACUACAGCUCCUACUACAACAACUCUCCUACGACAACUGCAACUGCAGUACUUACUACAACAACCACAACUGUAGCUCCUAUAACCACUACAACGGUAGCACCUACAAAAACAACUGUAGCUCCUACGGCAACAAAUUUAGCUCCUACUACCACUACAAUUGCAGCACCUACUACGAUAACCACUGCAACUCCUACUACAACAACUGUAGCUCCUACGACCACCACACCUGCAGCAUCGACUAUGGCAACUACAACUGCUGCUCCUGUGACAACAACAUCUACAGCUCCUACUACAACAUCGGUAGCUCCUACACCAACUACAACAGCUUUAGCUCCUACAACAAAUACUCAACUACUACGAUAACCACUGCAACUCCUACUACAACAACUGUAGCUCCUACGGACACUACAACAGUAGCACCUACAAUGACAACUGAAGCUCCGCCAACAACAACUGCAGUUCCUACGACCACUACACCUGCAGUACCUACUACAACAAACACAACUACAGCUCCUACUACAACAACUGUAGGUCCUACGACCACCACACCUGCAGCAUCGACUAUGGCAACUACAACUGCUGCUCCUGUGACAACAACAUCUACAGCUCCUACUACAACAUCGGUAGCUCCUACACCAACUACAACAGCUUUAGCUCCUACAACAAAUACUGUAGCUCCUACGACCUCUACAACUGCAGCACCUACUACGACAACUGCAGCACCUACUACGACAGCUGCAGCACCUCCUACAACAACCACAACUGUAGCUCCUAUAACCACUACAACGGUAGCACCUACAACAACAACUGUAGCUCCUACGGCAACAAAUGUAGCUCCUACUACCACUACAAUUGCAGCACCUACUACGAUAACCACUGCAACUCCUACUACAACAACUGUAGCUCCUACGGACACUACAACAGUAGCACCUACAACGACAACUGAAGCUCCGCCGACAACAACUGCAGUUCCUACGACCACUACACCUGCAGUACCUACUACAAUAAACACAACUACAGCUCCUACUACAACAACUGUAGGUCCUACCACCACCACACCUGCAGCACCGACUAUGGCAACUACAUCUGCUGCUCCUAUGACAACCACAUCUACAGCUCCUACUACAACAUCGGUAGCUUCUACACCGACUACAACAGCUUUUGCUCCUACAACAAAUACUUCUUCGACAACUGCAGCUCCUACAACUGCAGCUCCUACGACAACAACUGUAGCUCCUAUGACAACCACACCAGCAGUACCAACUACAAUUACCACAAAUACAGCUCUUACUACAACACCUACAGUUCUUACGGCCAUUACAACUGCAGAACCUACUACGACAACCACUGUAGCUCCUACGGCAACAAAUGUAGCUCCUACUACCAAUACAAUUGCAGCACCUACUACGAUAACCACUGCAACUCCUACUACAACAACUGUAGCUCCUACGGACACUACAACAGUAGCACCUACAACGACAUCUGAAGCUCCGCCAACAACAACUGCAGUUCCUACGACCACUACACCUGCAGUACCUACUACAACAAACACAACUACAGCUCCUACUACAACAACUGUAGGUCCUACGACCACCACACCUGCAGCAUCGACUAUGGCAACUACAACUGCUGCUCCUAUGACAACAACAUCUACAGCUCCUACUACAACAUCGGUAGCUUCUACACCAACUACAACAGCUUUAGCUCCUACAACAAAUACUGUAGCUCCUACGACCUCUACAACUGCAGCACCUACUACGACAACUGCAGCACCUACUACGACAGCUGCAGCACCUACGACAACUCUCCUACUACAACAUCGCUCCUACGACAACUGCAACUGCAGUACUUACUACAACAACCACAACUGUAGCUCCUAUAACCACUACAACGGUAGCACCUACAAAAACAACUGUAGCUCCUACGGCAACAAAUGUAGCUCCUACUACCACUACAAUUGCAGCACCUACUACGAUAACCACUGCAACUCCUACUACAACAACUGUAGCUCCUACGACCACCACACCUGCAGCAUCGACUAUGGCAACUACAACUGCUGCUCCUAUGACAACAUCUACAGCUCCUACUACAACAUCGGUAGCUCCUACACCAACUACAACAGCUUUAGCUCCUACAACAAAUACUGUAGCUCCUACGACCUCUACAACUGCAGCACCUACUACGACAGCUGCAGCACCUACGACAACUUACCUACUACAACAAACACAACUACAGCUCCUACUACAACAACUGUAGGUCCUACGACCACCACACCUGCAGCAUCGACUAUGGCAACUACAACUGCUGCUCCUGUGACAACAACAUCUACAGCUCCUACUACAACAUCGGUAGCUCCUACACCAACUACAACAGCUUUAGCUCCUACAACAAAUACUGUAGCUCCUACGACCUCUACAACUGCAGCACCUACUACGACAACUGCAGCACCUACUACGACAGCUGCAGCACCUACGACAACUGCAGCUCCUACGACAACUGCAGCUCCUACGACAACAGAAGAACCUACGACAGCUGCAGCUCCUACGACAACUGAAGCUCCUACGACAGCUGCAGCUCCUACAACAACUGAAGCUCCUACGACAACUGAAGCUCCUACGACAACUGCAACUGCAGUACUUACUACAACAACCACAACUGUAGCUCCUAUAACCACUACAACGGUAGCACCUACAACAACAACUGUAGCUCCUACGGCAACAAAUGUAGCUCCUACUACCACUACAAUUGCAGCACCUACUACGAUAACCACUGCAACUCCUACUACAACAACUGUAGCUCCUACGGACACUACAACAGUAGCACCUACAACGACAACUGAAGCUCCGCUCGACAACAACUGCAGUUCCUACGACCACUACACCUGCAGUACCUACUACAAUAAACACAACUACAGCUCCUACUACAACAACUGUAGGUCCUACCACCACCACACCUGCAGCACCGACUAUGGCAACUACAUCUGCUGCUCCUAUGACAACCACAUCUACAGCUCCUACUACAACAUCGGUAGCUUCUACACCGACUACAACAGCUUUUGCUCCUACAACAAAUACUGUAGCUCCUAUGACCUCUACAACUGCAGCACCUACUACGACAACUGCAGCACCUACUACGACAGCUGCACAUCGACUAUGGCAACUACAACUGCUGCUCCUAUGACAACAACAUCUACAGCUCCUACUACAACAUCGGAAGCUCCUACGACAUCUGAAGCUCCUACGACAACUGCAACUGCAGUACUGACUACAACAACCACAACUGUAGCUCCUAUAACCACUACAACGGUAGCACCUACAACAACAACUGUAGCUCCUACGGCAACAAAUGUAGCUCCUACUACCACUACAAUUGCAGCACCUACUACGAUAACCACUGCAACUCCUACUACAACAACUGUAGCUCCUACGGACACUACAACAGUAGCACCUACAAUGACAACUGAAGCUCCGCCAACAACAACUGCAGUUCCUACGACCACUACACCUGCAGUACCUACUACAACAAACACAACUACAGCUCCUACUACAACAACUGUAGGUCCUACGACCACCACACCUGCAGCAUCGACUAUGGCAACUACAACUGCUGCUCCUGUGACAACAACAUCUACAGCUCCUACUACAACAUCGGUAGCUCCUACACCAACUACAACAGCUUUAGCUCCUACAACAAAUACUACAACUGUAGCUCCUACGGACACUACAACAGUAGCACCUACAACGACAACUGAAGCUCCGCCGACAACAACUGCAGUUCCUACGACCACUACACCUGCAGUACCUACUACAAUAAACACAACUACAGCUCCUACUACAACAACUGUAGGUCCUACCACCACCACACCUGCAGCACUGACUAUGGCAACUACAUCUGCUGCUCCUAUGACAACCACAUCUACAGCUCCUACUACAACAUCGGUAGCUUCUACACCGACUACAACAGCUUUUGCUCCUACAACAAAUACUGUAGCUCCUAUGACCUCUACAACUGCAGCACCUACUACGACAACUGCAGCACCUACUACGACAGCUGCAGCACCUACGACAACUGCAGCUCUUACGACAACUGAAGCUCCUACGACAACUGAAGCUCCUACGACAGCUGCAGCUCCUACGACAACUGAAGCUCCUACGACAGCUGCAGCUCCUACGACAACUGCAGCUCCUACGACAACUGCAGCUCCUACAACAACUGCAGCUCCUACGACAACUGAAACAACUGCAGCUCCUACGACAACAACUGUAGCUCCUACUACCACUACAUCUGCAAUACCUACUUUAACAACCACAACUACAGAUCCCACUACAAAAACUGAAGCUCCUACGACAACAACAAUAGCAGCCCCUACGACAACAACUGCAGCUCUUACUACAACAAUUCCUACGACAGCUGCAGCUCCUACGACAACUGAAGCUCCUACGACAGCUGAAGAACCUACGACAGCUGCAGCUCCUACGACAACUGAAGCUCCUACGACAACUGCAACUGCACCUACGACAGCUGCAGCUCCUACGACAACUGAAGCUCCUACGACAACUGCAACUGCAGUACUGUCUACAACAACCACAACUGUAGCUCCUAUAACCACUACAACGGUAGCACCUACAACAACAACUGUAGCUCCUACGGCAACAAAUGUAGCUCCUACUACCACUACAAUUGCAGCACCUACUACGAUAACCCCUGCAACUCCUACUACAACAACUGUAGCUCCUACGGACACUACAACAGUAGCACCUACAACGACAACUGAAGCUCCGACGACAACAACUGCAGUUCCUACGACCACUACACCUGCAGUACCUACUACAACAAACACAACUACAGCUCCUACUACAACAACUGUAGCUCCUACUACAACAUCGGUAGCUCCUACACCAACUACAACAGCUUUAGCUCCUACAACAAAUACUGUAGCUCCUACGACCUCUACAACUGCAGCACCUACUACGACAACUGCAGCACCUACUACGACAGCUGCAGCACCUCACGACAACUGCACUGCAGCUCCUACGACAACUGAAGCUCCUACGACAACUGCAACUGCAGUACUGUCUACAACAACCACAACUGUAGCUCCUAUAACCACUACAACGGUAGCACCUACAACAACAACUGUAGCUCCUACGGCAACAAAUGUAGCUCCUACUACCAAUACAAUUGCAGCACCUACUACGAUAACCCCUGCAACUCCUACUACAACAACUGUAGCUCCUACGGACACUACAACAGUAGCACCUACAACGACAACUGAAGCUCCGUCCUACCACCACCACACCUGCAGCACCGACUAUGGCAACUACAUCUGCUGCUCCUAUGACAACCACAUCUACAGCUCCUACUACAACAUCGGUAGCUUCUACACCGACUACAACAGCUUUUGCUCCUACAACAAAUACUGUAGCUCCUAUGACCUCUACAACUGCAGCACCUACUACGACAACUGCAGCACCUACUACGACAGCUGCAGCACCUACGACAACUGUCCUUCGACUACUACAAAAGAAGAACCUACACUGACAACUGUAUCUUCUUCGACAACUGCAGCUCCUACAACUGCAGCUCCUACGACAACAACUGUAGCUCCUAUGACAACCACACCAGCAGUACCAACUACAAUUACCACAACAACUGCAGUACUGUCUACAACAACCACUACUGUAGCUCCUAUAACCACUACAACGGUAGCACCUACAACAACAACUGUAGCUCCUACGCUCCUACGGACACUACAACAUUCCUACGACCACUACACCUGCAGUACCUACUACAACAAACACAACUACAGCUCCUACUACAACAACUGUAGGUCCUACGACCACCACACCUGCAGCAUCGACUAUGACAACUACAACUGCUGCUCCUAUGACAACAACAUCUACAGCUCCUACUACAACAUCGUACCUACUACAAUAAACACAACUACAGCUCCUACUACAACAACUGUAGGUCCUACCACCACCACACCUGCAGCACCGACUAUGCACCUACUACGACAACUGCAGCACCUACUACGAAAGCUGCAGCACCUACGACAUCUGCAGCUCCUACGACAACUGAAUACUGUCUACAACAACCACAACUGUAGCUCCUAUAACCACUACAUCGGUAGCUUCUACACCGACUACAACAGCUUUUGCUCCUACAACAAAUUCUGUAGCUCCUAUGACCUCUACAACUGCAGCACCUACUACGACAACUGCAGCACCUACUACGAAAGCUGCAGCACCUACGACAACUGCAGCUCUUACGACAACUCCUACGACAACUGCAACUGCAGUACUUACUACAACAACCACAACUGUAGCUCCUAUAACCACUACAACGGUAGCACCUACAACAACAACUGUAGCUCCUACCGCAACAAAUGUAGCUCCUACUACCACUACAAUUGCAGCACCUACUACGAUAACCACUGCAACUCCUACCACUACACCUGCAGUACCUACUACAAUAAACACAACUACAGCUCCUACAACAAAUACUGUAGCUUCUAUGACCUCUACAACUGCAGUACCUACUACGACAACUGCAGCACCUACUACGACAGCUGCAGCACCUACGACAACUCAUCGACUAUGGCAACUACAACUGCUGCUCCUGUGACAACAACAUCUACAGCUCCUACUACAACAUCGGUAGCUCCUACACCAACUACAACAGCUUUAGCUCCUACAACAAAUACUGUAGCUCCUACGACCUCUACAACUGCAGCACCUACUACGACAACUGCAGCACCUACUACAACAGCUGCAGCACCUACGACAACUGCAGCUCCUACGACAACUGCAGCUCCUACGACAACUGCAGCUCCUACGACAACUGAAGCCCCUACGACAGCUGCAGCACCUACGACAACUGAAGCUCCUACGACAACUGAAGCUAAUACGACAACUGAAGCUCCUACGACAGCUGCAACAACUGCAGCUCCUACCACAACAACUGUAGCUCCUACUACCACUACAUCUGCAAUACCUACUUUAACAACCACAACUACAGCUCCCACUACAAAAACUGAAGCUCCUACGACAACAACAAUAGCAGCCCCUACGACAACAACUGCAGCUCUUACUACAACAAUUGUAGGUCCUUCGACUACUACAAAAGAAGAACCUACACUGACAACUGUAUCUUCUUCGACAACUGCAGCUCCUACAACUGCAGCUCCUACGACAAAAACUGUAGCUCCUAUGACAACCACAUCAGCAGUACCAACUACAUUUACCACAAAUACAGCUCUUACUACAACACCUACAGUUCUUACUGCCAUUACAACUGCAGAACCUACUACGACAACCACUGUAGCUGCUACGGCAACAAAUGUAGCUCCUACUACCACUAUAAAUGCAGCACCUACUACGAUAACCACUGCAACUCCUACUACAACAACUGUAGCUCCUACGGACACUACAACAGUAGCACCUACAACGACAACUGAAGCUCCGCCGACAACAACUGCAGUUCCUACGACCACUACACCUGCAGUACCUACUACAACAAACACAACUACAGCUCCUACUACAACAACUUCAGGUCCUACGACCAGCACACCUGCAGCACCGACUAUGGCAACUACAACUGCUGGUCCUAUGACAACCACAUCUACAGCUCCUACUACAACAUCAGUAGCUUCUACACCGACUACAACAGCUUUAGCUCCUACAACAAAUACUCUGCAGCUCCUACGACAACUGCAAAUAAAUUCCUACGACCACUACACCUGCAGUAUUUACUACAACAAACACAACUACAUCUCCUACUACAACAACUGUAGGUCCUACUACCACCACACCUGCAGCACCGACUAUGGCAACUACAACUGCUGCUCCCAUGACAACCACAUCUACAGCUCCUACUACAAUAUCGGUAGCUUCUACACCGACUACAACAGCUUUAGCUCCUACAACAAAUACUGUAGCUCCUACGACCUCUACAACUGCAGCACCUACUACGAUAACCAAUGCAACUCCUACUACAACAACUGUAGCUCCUACGGACACUACAACACUCCUACAACAACUGUAGCUCCUACGACCACUGCACCUGCUGUACCUACUACAACAACCACAACUACAGCUCCUACAACAACAACUGUAGCUCCUACGUCAAACACAGCAGCUGCCUCUACAACAACCAUUGCAGCUACUGAUGCUCCAACUACCACUACAACUCCAGAAGCUAGUACGACAACCACUGCAGCUCCUACUACAACAACUGCUGUCAACCACAGCAGCAGCCCCUAUGACAAUAACUGCAGCUCUAACUACAACAACUGUAGGUCCUACGACCAGCACAACUGUAGCACCUACUACGGCAACUACAACUGCUGCUCCUAUGACAACCACACCUGCAGCUCCUACUACAACAACUGUAGCUCCUACGACAACAACCACUACAGCAGUUCCUUUGACAACCACUGCAGUGCUUACUACAACAUCUGUAGGUCCUACGACCACUACAACAGAAGCACCUACAAUGACAACUGUACCUUCUUCAACAACUGCAGCUCCUACGACAACUAUUGUAGCUCCUCCGACCACUACACCUGUAGCACCUAUAAUGACAACUGUAGCUCCCAUGACAACUGCAGGUUCUACUACAACAUCUGUAGCUCCUACGACCACUACAACAGCAGCAGCACCUACAACAACUCUAGCUCCUAUGACAACUACUGUAGCUCCUACGACCACUACAACUGCAGCAACUACUACCAAAACUGCAGAUCCUACAGCAACUGCAGCUCCUACGACCACAACUGCAGCUCCUAUGACAACUGUACCUCCUACGACAACAAAUGUAGGCCCUACGACCACUACAACUGCAGUACUUACUACGACAAAAACAACUACAGCUCUUACUAUAAUAAAUGUAGCUCCUACGACAACCACAACAACAGCACCUACAACAACCACUGCUGCUCUUACUACAACAACUACAACUCCUACGACAACCCCAAUUGCAGCUCCUACUACAACUCAGCCCCUACGACAACCACAAAUGCAGCUCCUAGGACCACUAUAAAUGCAGCACCUGCUACGACAACCACAAAUGCAGCGUCUAUGACAACCACUAGUGCAGCUCCUACUACAACAACAACUGUAGCUUCUACAUCCACUACAAGUGUGAACUGUAGCUCCUACGACCACUACAACCGCAGCACUUACUAUGACAACUGCUGCUCCUAUGACAACUGCAGUUCUAACGACAACAACUUUAGCUUCUAUUACAACAACUUUGUAUCAUACGACUACAAAUGGAGGUCCUACGACCACUAA